AUGACCUACGAGUUACCCCCCAUCGGACACGCCCUCAGCGGAGGCGUCGCAGCCGCCCUGGCUAACGUCGUCAUCUACCCUCUCGACAUGGCCACCACCCGCGUCCAGUCCCAGUCCACCAAAAACUCUUCCACCUCCUCCCUCACCUCCGGUCACCACACCUCGGAGGAACUGCAGCCUAUCGAGUUCAAGCGCCCCACCCUCCCCGGUGCUACUUCUUCCUCGUCAGAGACAACCUCUUCCGUUUCCCUGGGAGAAGACGGCCGCAAGAAAACUACCCGUACAAUCAUCACCACCACUACAACCACCACCCGUGUCCUCUCUUCUUCUGCCACACCCAAGAAGCGAGUCCACUACACAUCAGUCCCAGACGCCAUCCGCAAGAUCUACGCUUCCGAGGGCUUCUCAGCCCUCUAUUCUGGUCUCGGAUCCGACACUAUCGCGACCCUGACCUCGAACUUUGUCUACUUUUAUGUCUACAUGGCUUUGAGGCAGAGGAAGGAGCAUAGUAGGUCUUCGGGGCAGUUGUCGACGUUCCAGGAGUUGUUCCUCGGUGCUGAGGCGGGUGUUAUUUCGAGGUUUUUCACGGCGCCAAUCCAUGUUGUCACGACGAGGCAGCAGGUCGUGGGCAAAGAUCAAUUGCAGCAGCAGCAGCAGCCACAAGGAACCCCAGGAACGACAGGAAAAGCGCAGAAGGUUUCGGCUCGGUCGAUCAUCCGCGAGAUCUAUGCACAGGACGGGAUCACAGGAUUCUGGGCCGGAUACGCGCCCACGGUGAUCUUAUCCAUCAACCCCUCGAUCACCUACUUUCUCUUUGAGACCAUCAAGAAGUCCAUCCUUGCUCGCCAACUCCAGGCCGCUCAUUCCGGCUCUUCUUCCCCCGCAAAGUCAGUCCUGGCCGCCGCCGCGUCAUUGACUUCGCUCCAAAUCUUCUUUAUCUCGGCCUGCUCAAAGGCUAUUGCCUCCUUCCUCACCUACCCCCUCAUCCUCACAAAGACCAAACUCCAAACCAAGGUUCAAGAUAACGACACUACAACCAACCUCGGCGAUGUAGAAAAGCAGGACGACCAACCAAAGAGCUUCAACGGGAUCGCGGAUGUAUUCAAGACCGUCAUCAAGGAUAAGGGAAUCGCAGGAUUGUACACCGGUUGCCAGGGCCAAGUCGUCAAGGGGUUCUUCUCAUUCGGAUUGAUGUACAUGAUCAAGGACCGCGUCGUUGCCUGGAUGUUGACGCUUUUCUUGGCCAUUCAUAAAAUGCGCAACCGUGUCACUUCCUCUUAG